GUCGUGAUUGAGGUUGCGAAUGCACCCAGCUCACGUUAGCAUCAAUCGUCUUUGUCGCCGGGUUUACUCUGCAACUUCUUUCCCUACUUUCCCAAUUCACAUCCUCUCCUUUUUCAUCCUGAGUUUUAUUCCUUUGUGUUCCAAAAAUUACAGAAUUUGCCUAUCUGGGGAGCUCCGUUCUCUUGAAAAAGUUUGGAAAUUUGGAUUCUUUCAUAUCUGGGAGCUGUCAAGCUGCGUCGUUUCAGGUAAAAGUGAUGUGUCUUUGAUUUGGGGUUUUCCCUUGAUUGGAGCUGUAUUUAUUGCCUUUGUUUCUGAGAAAAAUAUGUCCUUAGAAAGAAACAAAACUUGGCGAUUUUACUUGGGAAAAAAAUAUCUUCCCUUUGCGUGAUAAUUAGUUGGAAUAUUGGUUGAGAGUUGAUAUUUGGUGAUGAUCUGGUUGUCCUGUAAUAUUUUAUGACCUCUACCCUACGAAAAACUAGAAAAAGAUCUUGGGGGCUGAUUCAGGAACGUGAAUCAUUGAGUGGGAUAUUGGAGUUAAUGAUCUUGCUGUCUUGAAGGCUUGUUGUUUGAAGCUAGGAGCUACUUGCUUUACUGUCUCUCUGGAGAAAAAUAUUAGUUCUGUGGCUUCACUUCCUUGCAAUUGUAUUUUAUUCCGAAAUGGAUGACACUGAGGAUGAUGCAAAGUAUGCUCCUGACCCAUACGAUGUAAGUCAUCACCAAGGUUAUGGUUAUUUGAAUAGUCAGAAACUUCCAGUUGGGAGUUCUCAACAUUCUGAGCCAGUUAGAAGUGAGUAUGCUGAAGAUGAUAAUGAUUAUGAGGAAGAAGACAACGGAGAACAUAUAGAACUGGAGGAUGAUGAUGAGGAGGAGGAGGAGGAGGAUGAUGAGGUUGAUCAAGGUAACAGCAUUGAAGUUCCCCAGAAAGGAGGUGAUGACAAUGGUGAUGACGAAGAAGAUGAUGAGAAUGGGGAUGGGGAUGAUAGUGAUAAUGACUUUGCUGCUGGUGCUGAUGAUGAUGAUGAUGAUGAUAAGCAGAAAAGUUACACCAUAAGGAUUGAAGAUGAUUUAGAAUCUCACCCAAAAAAGAGAAAGCUGAAGAGUUUGAUUUCAACUUAUGAAUUUGCACCCCGUGUACCUGCACCAGCAGUUGCAGCCCCUUCAGCUCCUAAACCGUCCUUUGGUGGCAGAAAUUCCCUUACUGACUGGACUGAGCAUGAGACAUUUGUUCUUCUUAAUGCUUGGGGUGACCGGUUUAUUCAACGUGGAAAAAAGAGUCUCCGGUCUGAGGAAUGGCAAGAAGUAGCAGAAAGGGUAAAAGAAGUUUCAAAAAUCGAAAGGACAGAUACUCAAUGUAGGAAUAGACUUGACACAUUAAAGAAAAAGUACAAAAAGGAGAAGGCCAAAUUAGCAGAAAUGGGUGGUGGAACUAGUAAGUGGGUUUAUUUUAAUACAAUGGAUAAACUGUUGUCCUCUCCUCAACCACAAGCUGGUCUAUCUUGUGGUUUGGACUCAGGAGAUUACGUCUUCUCAAACCCUCGAGUUUAUUUGAAACGUGCAAAUGUGUGUGAUGAAAUGAGGGAUAGUCCAGGGAAUUCAGAGUCUACUGGCGAAGAAGAUUCAGUUGGACUUCAGCCAAAGAAAAGAAGUUCUAGAAGGAACAAUGAUGAGACUUCUUCCUUCAAAUUACUAGCUGAUUCCAUUCAGAAAUUCAGUGAGAUAUAUGAGAAGAUUGAAAAUAACAAAAGGCAACAGAUGGUGGAACUAGAAAAGAUGAGGAUGGAAUUCCAAAAGGAAUUGGAGAUGCAGAAGAGGCAAAUUUUCGAGAAAGUGCAGAACGAGAUUGCGAAACUGCAGCAGAGAGAUGAGGAGGAGAAUGAUGAAUCUGCUGAGAACGGUAUGUAAUGUGAUGUUUAUACAUUGUAGUUCUGUUUGUUAUGUUGCAUUGUAUGUAGACGGCUAGCUGUUGUACUUGGUAUCAUAUUCAGGGUGUUUUGCCCCCUUCAAAUUUAUGAUAAGGCAAGACUUUUGCCAUGAAUGUUACAUGUCACUGGAAAGAAUACCGAAAACUGAAUAGUUAAUACUGUAUUUUUAUUACCAUAUUUAGGUUCAUUUAUAGCCUCGCCUUUUGCUUAUUUCAUAAGUAAUUGCCUGUUGUUGGCUUAUUAUGGGAAGGUUAUUUUGACAUUUCAAUCUUAUUUGUACAAUAUAGAUGCUUCUUUUGCAAUUA